AUGGUCAACGACAUCUUUAUCGAUUUCCGGAAGAAAUCGGCCACCCGCUCAUACUUAGCAAUCCACCAUUCCAAAUUCGGAACCGCCCACCUCGGGAUCAAGAAAACAGGAGCCCGAGUAAAACAGAUCGCAACAUGGCCGGAGAUGUCGAAAAACAUUCUGAACACCGUCCGCCAAUGCGAAACCUGUCAGGCAAACAAGGACCCGGCACAGUACCGCAUCUCCGCCGAAUUGGAACAACUACCCACCGCGACGCGCCCAUUCGAACGAGUACACGCUGACGUAGUCGGUCCAUUACCAGAAACACUGACCGGAAACAAGUACAUUUUCGUCUUCGUGUGCGCAUUUACCAAAUUCAUCAUUGCGGAAGUAAUGGCCAAUCAGAGAGCAGACACACUGGCCCGCAUCUUCACUAAUCGCGUGAUUGCCCGAUUUGGAGUGCCGGAAUUACUCAUCACGGAUCAUGGCACUAACUUUCUGAGCGCCUUCGCGGACUGCAACGACUACGCCGAGUUCCUCAAUCGAACACUCAGACGAAUCUACACCACGAGUCAACGGAACAUCGGCACAGGACGAGCGAUACAAUCCAAGAAAUCAGACAACCGGGCCAACCCAAACAACCCAAGAAUCAACAUCGGAGACCAUGUGAUGCUUCGGAAAAUAACAAGAAAUAAAAUCGCCCGCAUCUUCUCAGAACCACUUAAAGCCAUUGCAAUUGACGGACAGAACCUGACCGUAUCAUUGGGAACACGCUCCAACACUCGCAACCACCAAGAAAGGACAUACACAAUCCAUCGAAACCGCUGCAAGCUGCACACCCCAUCGUCAAACUCACCGGACACCGAUCCCAACCAACAAUAA